AUGAUUGAUCCUAUGCAAGCUUUCGAUAUGGAGCCUUUGAGAGGAAAAACCUCUUCUCUCUUCGUCCCAACAAGCACGCCCAGUCCAUCAGCCACUCCAUCUGUUGCCCCAAUUCCAAGUGUUGUUCCUAAUGCUCCGACAUAUGAGACCAUAGGUCAUACAGGACAGACGACAUUAUGGGUCGUCUUUGUGAUCAUGUUUCUCUCAACUCUUAUCUUUACCUAUUUGGCUUGGAGACAACCAGUUCAAAAACGUCUCUUCCAUGUUAUUACCGCAUUCAUCACUCUCUUCGCCACUCUCUCAUACUAUGCAAUGGCAAUUGGUGAUGGAAACGCACUUACACAUAUCGUUCAUCGGGAAUCGCACAACCAUACCCCAGAUACUUUCGAACAUAUCUAUCGACAAGUUUUUUGGGCUCGUUACGUUGAUUGGAGUUUGACCACACCCCUUCUCCUUCUCGACCUUGCAUUCCUUGCCGGUCUCAAUGGUGCCAAUAUUCUUGUUGCCAUCGUUGCCGAUCUUGUCAUGGUUUUGACUGGUCUCUUUGCGGCUUACCACAAUGACGGAGCUGCCAAGUGGGGUUGGUAUGCUAUGGGAUGCGUUGCUUUCUUGGCCAUCAUUUAUCAGCUUGUCAUCCCUGGUCGCCGUGCUGUCUCAAGCAGGGAUGCUAAGACCUCGAAGCUUUUCACUGCCAUUGCAGCUUACACUUUGAUCAUCUGGACUCUUUACCCAAUUGUCUGGGGUAUUGGUGAUGGAUCUCGUACUUGGUCGGUUGAUGCUGAGAUCAUUGCUUAUGCUGUCCUUGAUGUCUUGGCCAAGCCUGUAUUUGGUCUUUGGCUCUUGUUUGCUCAUGAUAGUGCCGCUACAUCUGUUGAUGGAUGGUGGAGUCAUGGUUUGUCCAGCGAAGGUUCCAUCCGCAUUGAUGAUGACGAGGGUGCUUAA